GAAUGGCAAUUUUGCCGUUGCGGCGUUGGUUUCUUCAAGACCGAAAAUUUGUUAUUUUGUGGUUAUAAACAUGGUUUACAAAAUCAAUUAUUGCUUAAAUGUACUGAUCUAAUGUUAAUGUGCAACAAAAAAGUGGAAGACAACAGUUUAGAACGGAAUUAAGCGUGAAAAAUGACUGCGAAAAAUUAUUGAAAAAAAGUGCCGCGCGUGUGUGUAUAUGCGCAUAAUUGCGGCUCCUUAGGGGUGACAACAAUUCAAAGAAUAGCGACAGAUUGAGGCGCAAAAAUGAGCGGAGCAAACGCAAGAUCAGCGGCAAAUGCUGCCGGCUUUGUCAGCCACAUACCCAGCAUUGAGGAGAAGAACAAGCAGAUACAGCAGGAGACGAUGAUGGAGAAAUUGCGUGCCAAGUAUCGGAAUAAGCCAAAAACCUAUGAGGAAAUAAAAAAGUCGGUGCGCAUGUAUUUCAUAGAGAAGCAUUAUCCGCUUGAUCCGCUGUGCAAGGCGACACUCCAGUCAGCGCUGGACAAGCUUCAGCAUUAUAUUAAGGUCACCUCGCGGCAUGGUUUGGUGGAGCGCUUGGAGAGCUUGUCACGUCAGUUGGGCUUGAAAUUCGUUGAGGAUCAGCAGUUGCUAUUUAUUUCGACAGACAUGUUCUACGUAGAGAUUCAGCUAGAUGCCAGUGGCAAUUUAUCUGACGUUAAGGUGCACCACGAGUGCAAAAUAGACCAGCAGUCGAGUGAGCUGGUAAAUUGCCUUAAACGCGGCGAUUUUGCCGACUUCACUGUACAGCUGGAGGGUCUGUCCUCGAUCUAUCAGUUAAAUGCCGAGCCAAAGGUUAAGAAGAAGGCAUUUGUGGCACUGCAAGCCAUGGAGACGGACAUAUACAAUCUAUAUCAAACUCAAAACCACAAGGGGGACAGCUAUGACAUUAUGAGUAACUCAGCCGUUGGCUUGGUGCUCCAGCGUCGUGGUGGCCAUCCCAUGAAGCUCACCUACUUCUGCCCGCCCAUACAUUUGCCGGAAGGCGAGAAUAAAGCGACAUGCGACUUUACCAUUGAGCAGGUGAUGCGAAGUCCAAACGGAUUGAGUGCUACAGUCAACCUAGAAGGCUCCUCGGCAAAUAAACUACAAAUAAUGCCUAUCGUGACCUUUUCCCGCGAUGCCCAGACUGGCUUGGAUAUGCCUACAUAUGCGCCACUAACACAGAAUAACUCGAUGUUGAUGCCAGCAACUUAUGUGCUACGCCUAAACAAACCCAUGCCCGUUUGCUAUGAGACUUUGCGUGCUCUGGGUUUGCCACUGACGGGAGAGGCGGGCAGCGGCGUUGAAACGACGCCUGCGACAACGGUUAUGAACUUAAUUGUGCAAACAGCCUCGAGAAAUGCCAUUAAAAACACACAAAAGGGUCUCUAUGUAAAUCUGCCCAAGGAAACGCAUUGCUACUUCUUUACUGAUAAUCGAAAGCUGCAGGGGACUAUAAUUUCAUCUCUUCCAUUCACGGAGCCAUCGCAAGUGCCCAGAAUUAUAGCGUUCCUCAAAAAACAGGCACUCUUCUACACGUUGCUUUCGUCAUGCGUACGCGAACAGCAGAAACAAUAUAAUGAUAUGGACAGCACUGUUAUAUUGGAAGUAACGGCCGUGUCGUUUAACCAAAUAACCGUAGAAUUGCAGCAUCCCUACGAAGAGUCGUUGGCUACUGUGGAUUUUCUGCUCGAGGAGGGUCAAGCCACAUGUACCAUUUAUUGCUUGAGCAAUAACUAUGAUCUGCUCUCGCAAAAGCUAACGCGCACGGUGCGGAAAGUGUUAUCCAUUCCAAUGGUUAUUUACAAAUUGCUCAAGUGUUGGGACGAAGAACAUCAGCAGAAAUUGCAAGGAGUGAUUGGCACUGGAGUGGGGGGUGGCGGCGGUAGCGCAGGUUUUGGAAACAACAGCAGCAAUACUGGCGGUUCAAUGCCCAACACUGGCGGCAAUAGCUUCGGCCAGUUUGGUAUGGAAGCCAGUUCUGGAGAAGGCGGUGGCACUUUUACGAGUAUAAGUAGCCUUAAAAUGGACUCCAAGGUGCGUUCGCUGGCUGAUUCAUUUGCCGCAUCCACCUCCGCCGCAGCAGCCAUAGCAGGUCUGAUUAAUUUGAAGCGUGAAACGGAUCCUCAUGCAACAGCUGGCGCAUCGGGAGCCACGCCGCCGGUGUCUAAAAUGGACCUCAAUGUGCCAACUGGGGCACAGGCUGCGGGGCAGGGCAAAAGUAGCGACAUUGAGAUAGCGGACAAAUACAAAAAUAUCUGGAAGGAUAAAACACCUAAUUUAAAACACUGUGUCAGCAUUACGCCCAUUCCAGGCGAUGGAAAACUGCAAUCUCAGUCGCAGGGACAGCAACAACAGGUGCCCAACGCCAUGGAUGUAACACGCACGGGUGGCAUUGAAAUCAUACCAUUGAAUGCGCAGGCGAGCAACAACAGUGCAGCAAGUUCCAAUGCAGCCGCUACUACUAUCACCAUUACGCCGAUAACGGGUAAAGAGACUUCCUCUAAGGAGAAAAAAUCUGGUAGCAGUAGUAGCGGUUCCUCAAGUGUGGGGGGCAGUAGCAGCGGCGCCACAAAGCGACCACACGAUGGCGGUGGCAGCAGCAGUGUCAGCGGUUCCAGCACAGGCUCGUCAGAGCAAAAGGAGAAGAAGCGAAAAAAGAAACGAGAUGAUUCUCCUAUGGGCCCGCCCGAGAAGGUGUAUUCGCGUCAAAACUCACCUGCUGCCGGCAGCGAUCCCACCUCAGCUAGUGGUGUAGUUCGCAAGUUUUCUUCGCCCUCAUCCUCGCCUAAGGGUGGCGGCGGCGGCAGCAGUUCUGCCAGCUGUGCUGGUCUUAUGGCCGGAGUACCACCUGGCACCUCACUCUCAGCACGACCCAGCCCCAAGCACUCACCGGUGUACAGCAGUCCCAAGCACAAUACUGCCUCGAAUAGUCCCAAAUCUCCAUUUGGAACGCACUCACCCAAGCACGGCUCCUCGGGGAAGCCGAGCAUGUCCACCUUAAAAAGCGCUACAGCAGCCACUAGUCUCAGUCCCAAGGGUGAGAAGCCAGGCAGUGGUGGAACGGCAGGUGUACCUUCUAGUUCGACGGCUACGUCUGGUGGCAACAGCGGCUCUAUGGUGCGUUCAUUUGCCAGUGUGGGCGCCCCUGUGCCGCCUUUGGCUAGCAGUGUUGGUGGCGGUGUUAAACGCGACAAGGAUAAAUCGGGUGGCAGCUCCGCAAGCACGGGAUCAGUUUCGAAUGUGGUUAAUGCCGCUUCUAAUGUCGCAGGCGUAUCGCCAGCCACUGCAGCCAGCGUUGUUGCUGCAGUGGCAGCGGCAGCUGCCCUUAAGAAUUCACAACAGCAGCAACAACAGCAGCAGCAACAACACCAACAACAGCAACUAAAAUCUUCAGUGGCCAGUCUAUCGCAUUUGGCGGCGGGCGGUAAUUUGAACGACUAUGCUGUCGCGGCAGGUGCCGCUGCAGCUGCCUUGGAGUUAAGCGCUUUGCGCAAGGGCAUGGCAGGAGGUGCGGUUAGUUUGAUGACGUCGACGGCAGCUUUGGCAGCACAAACAACAACAAUAACAACAACAGCAGUGCCAGCAGCAACAACAGCAGCAGCAACAGCAACAAUGUCGGCGUCAGCAGCAACAUCAAUAGCAACAACAAUGCCACUGGGAACAGCGGCCUCAUCAAUGCUGGCAACAUCAACAUCAUUAGCAGCGGGAGCGGUGUCGGGGUCGGGGUCGGCGUCGGUGUCGUCAGCAACAGCAGCAGCGGGAGCAGCAACAACAGCAGCAAUGCAAAUGUCCCAACAGCCAGCAGUAGUGCCACAUAGUAGCACAAGCGCAGGCGGCGGAUUGGUCACUAGUGGCUGCACCGAAGCCGCCGGCAACAUCGGCAGCAGCAGCGCUCAAUCAACGGAAUAUAUGGUGAAGACGAGCAGUCAGGAGGGCCUAAAGCUGACCAUAAAUAAGACGAGCAAUAGUGGUAGUGGAGCUGGUGGUGGUAUUGGAGGUGGCAAUAACAACAAUAACAAUAAGAGCGGGGGCGCUGGACAUGCGUCCAGUGGUGGCGCCAGUAAGACGAAGAGCAGCAGUGGUUCGACCACUAGCAGCCUUAAGAAACAGCACACUGGCUUAAAACCGGGAGUGAACAGUGGUCCAGCUUCAAAAAAAGCGUCGGGCAAUUCCUCUUCCUCCUCUUCAUCGUCAUCAUCAUCCAGCACCAAGCAUGUAUUUCAAAAGGCCAACUCGUCCGGCAAUUUAAGCAAUAAGUUGAGCACCACCGGCGGUGGCGUGCCUCUAACCAAGAGCAAUAGCACUAAUUCAUUUGGGUCGGAGCAUGCGCCACCACGUCGUCGACCUAGCGUUGGGGGUUUGGCCAUUGGUGGCGUGCGAAAGGGCAGCAGCUCGUCGGCAGCCAGCUCGGGUGCCGUGUCUCCGGCGGCAUUAAGCGGUUCCAUGUCACAGCCGCCGCCGCGCUUCGACCAUCACACCGAUAUGAUGACCAUACUGCAAUAUGCAUCACCUAGCAUGGCCGCCAGCAUGGAGGGUUUCAUCAAGGGCCUGCACAACAAAUUCCAAAUACCCAAAUUGUCGCAGCGUGGCAGCGCAGGCGGUGGUGGCACCACAACUGGGCGCACAGAAGCAGCUGCGGGCACUCCACUAACAUCUCAGGAGAGCCACAGGGCAACGGAGCCACCACAGGUACCGAGCGCUAGCGAUAUAGCCGCAAUGGCUGCCACUUUGGCGGCCACACCUUCAACCAGUGGGAGUGGGAGUGGAAUUGGCAUCUCAAUGACAUCACAGAAGCCACCACCACCACCCGCAAGCGCGUCCGAUAUGUUGCUCAAUUUGACGAGCGGUGCCGUUGCCAACGAUGGCAUCGAUGAGGAACUGCUGGCCAGUUUGGCUGGCGAAUGACAGUCUCUUCGUGCUGCUCUAUGCGGCUACCAGCGCCUGGCAGUAUGCUAUAGUUAAUUAUUUUAGUGCUAAUAUACCCGGCCUCCGCGGCGCUCUGCAUUUGUUCACCCAUUUAGAAAUUUACCUACAUAUAUCCUCACUAUAUACUUAUUUAUAUACAUAAUUAUAAAUAAUAAGGACUGUUCGCUUAGUUGAGUUUCCUAUACUUUUGCCUUUUUGAAUCUUUCGGAAACAACACAAAUUCUUUGGUACAAAAACUGAAAAUCGAAAGUCGGCAGAAUUAUUGCGCGUUGUUUGUUCUUUGAAAUCAGCAGUAAGCCUGAAAUUUCGGUUUAACAUGGCUGAAAUGAUGAUAUUAAUUUAAUAUAUUUACGGAAUUGUAAAGUAUUGUUAUAAGAUACAUUAA